ACAAACGUGCACUGCAAGCCAGUGUCAUCGGAGUUCAUUCAUACCGAUAAGGUGGGUUCGUCUUUUAAUUAAAACACUAGUUAAUAAGAACGCCAAGUCGUUUGUAUUACGUUGCAAUUUUUGACGUAGACAUAGUGUAUCAUAUAUUUGAGCACAUAUUUGGAACACACUGGAUCUACCGUAUAAUAUUAAUUUCUGACAGGGAAAUUGACGAUUGUCUACUCACUGUACCGACGCCACACUUACACCAAAUAAUAAUAAUCAAAAGAAGAAAAGAAGAAAACAGUUUUGAAAUAAAAGUCAAGGUUAUAUUUUUACAAAUUAAUUACUUCUUGCAGAUUUUUUUAGAACAUCUCCCUUCCUUUUCUACGUACUUAUUAGUCAAUUUAUAAUCAUAUACCGAGAACUGGUGGUGAGUCAGCAUUUCCUAGGGCAAAAAAAUGGGACCUAACAUCACAUUUCACUCUGCUUCGUGCUUCUUUGAGAUGUCUGUUUGACGAUUAAGUAUUUAUCUACUAAUGUCUUCCUCAAGGUAGAGUACAAUGAACUGCAUGCCCGUUUCCUCAUCCUCAUCGCCAAAAAUACCUAGCCCCAAAUUCUUCCUGGCAAGAUGUUAGUCAUUCUCUCCAUAAAUUCCGAGAUGUUGUUCACUGACUCACUUCUUCCCUGACUCACUCCUUGGCCUUGUCUUGAUCGAAACGACACUGCGACGGCAUGGGCUUCACUGUGAGGAUAGCCGUGAUCCUUCUCUUGGUCACUUCGCUACUUCAGACCCUGCGACCUGCGGAGGGAAAGCCCCUGUCUCCUCCCGGGACAGAUUUAGACGGUGCCUCAGCACGUCAUGCGCUGACAAGGCGAGAAGACAGACCGGUCUUGUCGCGCAGACGCCGCGGUGUCACGGCCUCGGCAACCCCUCCCCCCGCCGAUCCUCCCCGUCACCACGGCCGGUACCUCUCCCAACCACCGCUGCCUGUCGACGACGGCUACAACGAGCGGUCUAUGUGUCAAUGGAGGUAUGAAGACAACGUCCAAUCCAACCGUUUCCCGUCGACGCUGAAGGUAGCUGUGAAGGAGUACACGGGUUCCCGGUGCCGCGACCCUGCCACGGGGGCGCCUCGGGCCGACCUCGCCUGCCUCCCGAUCGACUACGAGCUGAACGUCCUGCGGAGAAACAGCGAGGGCGAGUGGCAGGAGUCGGUGGAGUACGUGACUAUCGGCUUCACGUGUGCCGGAUCGAACACACGCUAGUGCUUGUACUACAAUCCUGGAUACCAGGCUGUUUCUAAGGUCUACACAGGCCAGCUUCUCGGCUCAGUGUUAAUAUGCCCCAAGGAAAGACAUUGAGAGGGGUCUAACUCGGGGAGGGCUGUAAUGACAUUUCCUCGGGGCCAUGUUGUCCCUAGAGCCGAAGAACUGGUCUGUGCAGACCCUGGAAACACUCUAGAACCCAGGCUACUGCACUAGCGCCCACAUUUACCUAUGGCAAAUAUCCACAAGCCAUGAGGCAGAACCUUCCGAUAGAUAUGUGGUGAUGAUUCACCAGAAAUAAAAACUUUCAGUCACGUUGACUAAUAUCCUUGGGAACAGUCCCAGUAUGAAGUAGUUGCCUUCAUUGCAGCGUUUUAAUCAUUUUUAGCUGCUGGAUAGUUGGUUUUUAACUUCUUCUUUUGCUUCUGGUGCAAUGUUGUUGUUUAAGGUAAUGAAUAUGCUACCAAGUCAUAAAUUAUCUGUAGUAAUUUUCUACUGUACACUAAAUAUAUAAUCUUUAAUUUCUCACCCUCGGCUGGCCAAUAUAAUUAUUGACAAUAGGGCAAAUGACAAUCAUUUUAAAAAAUCCAGUAAUCUUGUUAGAGUUUGAAGACGUACUGAUCGCAUUUUCUGAUGCCAUCGGCGAAUGUGCCUUUGAUAGAAAUGGUAUGCACAUGGAAUAAAGUGGGAAAAGUC